AUGGACCACGGCGGCGGACACGGAGGACACGGCGGUGGCGACGGCGGUGGCGGAGGAGGCGGCGGCGGCCAUGACGGAGGGCACGGAGGAGAAGACGACGCUAUGUGCAGUAUGAACAUGCUCUUCAACUGGUCGACCGAGAACCUCUGCGUCGUCUUUGAGUCCUGGAAGAUUAACACACCCUUUGCGCUCGUCGUCUCCUGUAUCGUCAUCAUCGGACUCUCGGCGUCGUACGAAAUGCUCCGCGCCUACUCUCGCAAGUACGAGGAGCGUCUCUUGGAGGGCGCCAGAAAGAGACAAACCAGCGAUGGAUCCUCGCAUGCUGUCGGUGGAGCUACUGAGGACCAGACCCCACUCCUGUCAGGCAGACCUUACACCCUGAGACUGUCAAACCAGCAACAGCUCACACGAGCACUGUUCUACAUGGCACAGGUCUUUGUCGGGUUCUUCUUGAUGCUCAUCUUCAUGACCUACAACGGAUACCUGAUGGCUGCCACGGUCAUUGGUGCUGGUGUUGGUUUCUUUUACUUUGGUGGGGACUCGUUGUCCUCCUCCACCAAGGCACUGAGCUGCCACUAG